AAUCCGGUGCCGCGCAAGCACAUUUCAAUUUUUUGUCGGAGUGAAAGAACAAACAAAAAAAAUACAUAAAAUAAAAAAGAUAGAAUAGAGAGAGAGUGAUAAUAAGUUAGUUAGUACACCUGUUGCUAUCGGUUCGUGAUAAGGGAUAUCAGUCGUAGGGCAUUAGUCGGUGCAGAAACACAUGUUAAUAUGCCGUCCACGGAGAACACAACUUUGGACCGCAUCCAGCGCGAGAUCAUGGAUGUUAUAGAGCGCGAGAAGGAGUUGAGGAAUUUGUACAGUAACGGCAACAAUAUUACUAACAACAGCAACAACAACAACAACAAUGUAAACGGCGAUGGUGGAGGAGAGGAAGUGAAGAAGAACGGAAGUGAGCAGGUGGGCAACGGUCACGCGCCCUCGGCCAGCUCGAAUCCGGUGGAGCAGCAAAAACCAGUCCUGGGGGUGCGGCGAUUCGCGCAGAACGGCAACGCCAAGGGCGUCAUGCAAAAGUUCAUCAGGUCCAGGGGAAAGUUGGGCAUAAUGAACACGUUCAAGCAGCACGCGAGUAAGUCGUUCUCUGCGCCUUUGUCGCACUCCCUGACGAUGACCUCCACGUCCUCGCAUGACUUUUCCCCGCUCAAAGUCACCACGGAUUCCAGCAAAAGGAUACGCAACGGGUACGUGCCCAUCGAGGAGCGGAUGCGAAAGGAAAUCCAGGAGGCGCACUCCAGGGAGCAGGAGCUGCGCACGAUGCGUCGGAAAUCGAACCCCGAUUUCGCCGCCUUGAUCGACCUGGACAUGAUGGAGCAGCCGAAGAUGGGAGCACUCAGAGCGACCAAAUCCAUGGCACAGCUAAACGCAUCCACAGAAACCCUGGAUGAACCCUUCCCAACAUCAACAACUACCAACAACACCACCACCCUUAAAUCGGCAAAAUCCCUGGCGGAACUCUGCGACGCCGACGAGGAGGACAUCAUCAGGCCUCAAUCGCUGAUCAUGCAGUUCGAGCAGAUGAUCAUCAAAAACCAGCAGGCCCGCACCUAAGUCCACUGACCACGUGAUACCACUUCAAAACAAAAUUUAAAAAAAAAACACAACUAAUCACCAGCCAGCUUAGCACGUACGCUAAUCUAAAAACACAGUGAUUCCUAUUUAUUUUACUAUUUAUUUGAAUAUUAAUUUUUAAGUACAAAAAAAAAACCGCACUUCGUGAGCACUGCAAAAAAAACAAAAACGCAAGAGGAAUUUCCAUACAAUUCAAACGUGAAAGUAAGUUUCGUUCAGUAUCUCCAUCAAAACUUGCAUUCCUUCAAAUGCGAAUUGAAUGGAAAAUCUUCUUUGGGCGGCUCUGCUCCAAAUAUUUUUUUUUAUUUCGACAAUUGAAACGUUCAAGCUAAACAAGUUUUAAAAACUGGAAGAGCUAAAAUAAUUUUAAUUAAAAAAAAACACUAGUCUUAGUUACUUUAUCAGCAUAAUAUUAUUGUUAGGUUUAAGUAAUACUAUGUAUGGUUUAAGGUUUUUAUUAAAUAAAAAUAUAUAUAUAUAUAGAAAAAAUAAAUGAAUAACAUGAAUUC